AUGGCGGGACAAUUCGAGGGCACGGGGAAGGAAACAACGACGAUGAAUUCCCCUACUCUGGAUCGUGGCUCGGUUCCCACGGACGGGCUGGAGAAGGAAAGGGGUAAGGCGUCGGAGGCAUCAGCGGCGUUUGGGGCGGCGGGCUCGUCCAUGUCGGGCGAGCAAGUGGAGCAUAUGAUGGCGCGUCUGCGUCUAACUGCAGUGGAAUCUGAGGCAGUGGUAAUUGAUAAUACUGAAGAUCUGAAUCUGAUUGAUCCUGAUAGGGCUUUUGUGGGCAAGGUUCUUGCCCCGAACAAGCUUCAUAUUCAGACAAUCUCGGCUGCGAUGCGGCCGGCUUGGGGGAAUCCACCAGGUUUGGUGUUCAACCCUGCAGGUAACAACUUGUUUAUUGCUGAAUUUGGCUCAAUGGCGGACCGAGAUCGUGUGAUGGAAGGUUUGCCUUGGACUGUGGGCAGACAUGCAGUUCUUAUGAAGAAGUAUGAUGUUGAGGUGCAACCACAUAUGGUCGACUUUGAUCGUUUGGCCAUCUGGGCCAGAAUCCUUUCUUUACCAAAUAGGUUGAUGCAUUCUACACGUGGGAUGGAAAUUGCAAAGCCAAUUGGUUUGGUUAAGAAGAUAGAGGCUGACGCCUUGGGCAGAUGUUGGGGUGGUUUUAUGCGUGUACGGGUGGAGGUCAAGGUCCAUGAACCCCUACUUCGCUGCGUUACUGUUUUCUCUAGCAAGCUCCAAACCACAGAGACAUAUGCAGUACAGUAUGAGCAACUCCCCUAUUAUUGUUUCUCUUGUGGGCUGCUAGGACACUCGACUUUGGCGUGUGCUACGCCAGCAGAUCGUGAUGAAAACGGUGAUCUUCCAUACACUGCUAAAAAACUGUCUGCUCCUGAAGAUAGUAAGAAAAAUGGAGGGUCAAAAUCUGGAACUUCUUCUGCUUCUUUGGGAGGUGAUCAACCUGCCCCAGGGUCCAGAGGCUCCACAGCCGGGCCGGGACGUGGACGCGGUAAAGGUGCAAAUUUUGCGGCGAACAGGUUUGAUGACAGUGAGAGGGCCUCCCCUCUGAUGGAGGGUCGCGGUGCUGGCAGAGGGCGAGGCCGUAGCGCGGCACGUGGUCGUGGUAGGGUGAAUGCUGCUGCACCUGGUCGUGACAUUGUCCCGUCUACGACUGGCCAGAAGCGGAAGGCGUAG